AUGGAAUCCUUUGUGAAAGUGCUAUUGGCUGUUUUAAUUUGCUCUCAAGGACUUUGCUCUCAAGGACCUGAAGAAGAACCAGCUGAAGAUGUUAUGGAAAGGAGUAAUCUGCAAUUCUCUAUCGAUCUCUAUAAGGAAUCGGUAAAGAAAGAAGAAAACGUGUUCUUCUCUCCCUGGAGCCUACAAACUACUCUGGGGAUGGUGUAUGCUGGGGCGGAAAAAACAACAAAAUCUCAAAUGCAGAAAGCUCUCUCUUUUCUAAACAACUCAAACGAUCUCAUCUACAAGGGGCUCUAUCAAAAUCUCAUCAGUAUCCAAAAUACCACGAAUAGAGACAUCAGCCUGGAUGCUGGCAACAGGGUUUACGUUUCUAACGAUACGACGCUGAAUCCCAAAUAUCAUGAUAUUUUGCAAAACACUUUCCAGAGUGGGGCGAGUGGAGUGAAUUUCCAGAAUGAAAAUAUCUACAAAUACAUCAACGCCUGGGUUCAGCAAAAGACUCGGGGCAAGAUCCUCGAGCUCAUCCCCAACGGAGCCCUAGGACCAGAAACAAAGAUGGUGCUGGUGAAUGCCAUUUACUUCAAGGGGCACAUGGAUGACUAA